AUGGCAGAUGUUGUAGUGAUCUCAGAGACCAUAGUCCGACCCGAGAGCUACGACGAAGGAUCGGGUCGGGUUAAGAUCCAUCUCUCUCCAUGGGAUCUCUUCUUUCUUCGAGCCGAAUACCCACAAAGGGGUCUGCUCUUUCCACAACCCGACCCGAAAACCGAUUUCAUCGCUCAACUGAAAUCCUCUCUUUCCGUCGCGUUGAAGAUUUUCUACCCAUUCGCGGGACGUCUAGUCAAGACCGACAACGAAGAUGACAAAACGGCGUCCUUCUUCGUAGAUUGCGAUGGUUCAGGUGUUAAAUUCGUCCACGCUUCAGCUAAAGUAGAAAUGUAA